AUGCCUUACACAUUUGACGCCAACAUGGAUGCCUUUGGCGACACCGUUAUGUUCACUGGCGUUGAAGAGAAUCAGACUGUCUUGGUGGAUCCCGCCCUUAGCAUAGCAAACUCGAUGGGAAUUGGCACCGAGAAGGCAAACCCCAGCAUAGACCAGCAUACAUUCCACGUUCAAGCUCCAGAUGACAUGCCCGCCUCUUCCCCUUCGGACCCGUCACCCAUAAACGGUGCAGUUGGUACAGGAUUAAGAUCUAGCUCGGUCAAGGGAGAACAAAAUAAUUCCUCUGGCAGCGGAAACAAAAGAGAUUCCUUCUCAGGAAUGCCAAAGUCAUCGUCUAUGGUGGGACCGCCAUUUGUGGGACCCGGAUCAGGCGUGAGCUGCUCUUGUGUUCAGCAGCUAGUAUGGCUCCUCUAUCAGCUGGACGAGCUUACCCAUACCCCAGGUAAGCCUGUGACUAGUACCUUACACCAUGGCACACCUUCCAUGGGCCCGGUAUUGAGAAAUGUCAAGGCCGCAGAGGAGCUCUGGGCAAGACUCCGGGGCUGUGCUGCACAUGGGACAGAAGAAAGCCUCCAAGUGAACCUCCUGUUCGCCAUGAGCAUCCGCUCUCUGCUCUCGUCUGUAUCGAUGCUCAUCUCCACCAUCAACGCGGCAUCAUCAGUCUCGAGUAUUGCAGUCUCGAUUGGGAACUUUGAGCUGGCAGGCGAAGGGAAGGUCGACAUUAUUAGCCUGGCGAUACGCCAGUCGCUACGAGCCAUUAUUGUGGCACUGAGGCAGCUCUGGGACCGUAUUGGACGCCCACCGACCUCCAGCACACCUAACAGCACUGGCGACAACACAAUGAACUUGGAUGAGAGCUCGACCAAUGCCGGUGCUCUGCUGAAGCCUCUUAAGGCAGGCGACUCACCACCAGCGGUCAUGUUCGCGGAGGAGGCCGAGAGCGCAGCAUCGCUACAAGAUACAGUAAAACAAUGCAUCCAGACCAUAGAACGGAAGUCCGCUCCUUUCAGUUAA